AUGGAUUUGUUAUCAGCAUCUGCGGCAUUCACAAAGUUUGAACGCCAUUGCUUAGAAGAACUUCUGCAAGGUGUAGAACACGACGAUGCACAAGCUUUGGUGCUGGAACAAUGGGAGUCGAUGGAUGAAGAGGCCAAAUCCAAAUGGGUAGAGAAUGAAGCGCCAGUUGAAGCACCACACUCUGUGGAUGCCUUUGAACCUCUUCAUUUGGGGAACGAGACCAGUGAGGUCACUGUGAUCGACGAGGUGCUCGAAGAUGCUGCACUGGCGCCCGCGGAGCCCGUUAGCGCCCGCGGCCCGGCGCCCCGCCGGCGCAAGCGCUCGGCCGUCGCCCCGGCGCCGCGGAAGGCGCCGCGCGCGUCCGAGGCGGCCGUGGAGGUCGCAGCGGCAGCGGGGGAAGGGAUCCGCUGGUUAAAGCCUGGUGAAGCAAGUCUCGAAGAGUCCAGUGAUGAGGACUCAGAGGACCACGAUGAAGAGGACCAGGCCGACCAAGAAUCGAAGCAGCUUGCUUUCAACAGAUCUGCAGUGGUGAGACAAGGUGGCAAACAUCCGGACUGGCUCACCGAGCCUGCAGCUGUGGCGGAAAUUUCACUUCCGCCGUUGUCUCCAGAUGAAGUUGUAUAUCUGCCUGCUGAGGUGGCUGAAAAGCGCUUGCUCAGCAGUCCUCAGUUGGAAAGCGUGGCUUAUGCUGCGCGAAGAUUCCGUGCUCAUCUGCCAUCCGGAGUGCGAGCUGGCUAUUACCUUGGAGACGGUACUGGGUGUGGAAAGGGUCGCGUCAUUGCAGCUUUGGUUUGGCAUUUGUGGAACAGUGGAGCCAAACGGCAUGUCUGGCUCAGUGCCAGCAGCGACCUCCUAGAGGAUGCCACGAGAGACUUUUGUGACCUGGGAGCCGACUUGCCCCUCUGCACCUUGUCAUCGCUACCAUAUGGUUCCAUCAGCACUGGCCCAGGCCUGGAUGAAGAAGGGAAUGGCAUCAUCUUUGCCAGUUACCACUUGCUGGUCGCCAGCAAGGCUUCAGCAUCUGGAGUCCCAACGUCUGAGAAUUCGCGCUUAGUACAGCUCAUUGAUUGGUUGAGAAGAGGGAAAGGGGGUGCCUGUGGCCUCAUUGCCUUGGACGAAGCUCACCGGACGAAGAACGUGAUGAAUUCAAAAACAAGUCAAGGCUCUAAAUCCGGGCUGUGUGCCCUGGAGUUGCAACGAGCCUGCCCCCUGGCUGCAGUGCUUUAUGCCAGCGCGACCGGCGCGACUGAACUGAGACACUUGGGUUACUUAGAACGUUUAGGACUUUGGGGGCGAGGACGGCCCCAUGGAAGCUUUGAAGAGCUUCGAGAUGCGGUGGAAGGUGGAGGAUUCGCUGCGAUGGAGCUUUUGGCCAUGACGAUGCGUGCAGAGGGGAUGCUGUCCUGCCGCUCCUUAUCCUUCAAGGGCGCCUCCUUCCGACUAGUUCCGGUGAGCUUGGAAAGCCUCUGCAACACUUACUCCAAAGCUUGUGACUUCUGGCAGGAGAGCUUGAAGCUGAUUUUGAGGUUGCUGAAGGCCAAAACACGGGAGGUGAAGCAGAAAAGACUCAAGCACUCCACUGAGCUCAAGGAAAACCCUCUACAUCUGAGAUAUUUCUGGGGCGCCCAGCAGCAGUUCUUCCGCCAGUUGCUCAUUUGCACAAAAGUUGAGACUGCCGUCUCCUUGGCCACCUCCGCGCAACUCAGGGGCGAGUCGGUGGUCUUCGCCAUGUGGUCCACCGGUGAGGCGAUCACCGAGGCCGUGGCGAACCGCGAGGGCGACCGUGCGGCGGCCGCCGCCGGCUUCGCCUCCGCGCCCAAGGAGGUCGCCUUGCGGAUGCUGAAAGAGUUGAGGAUGGGAGCGAGAGAAAUUGAUCGGGCUGAACAGACCUUGGAGAAGUGGGUGGCUGAGCUCACUGGCCGCACACGGCGGCUGGUCUACAACGAGCUCACGGGCGAGACACGCUUCGAGGAACGCGGUGAGGGUGCCAAUCUCCAGGAGUUGCGAGCAUUCCAGACCGGGCAAAAGCACGUGGCCAUCGUCACCGAGGCGGCCAGUGCCGGAAUCAGCCUCCAUUGCGACAGGCGCUUGCCUGAAGAUGCACAGAGGCCGCGGUACAUGAUCUCAAUAGAGAUGCCAUGGGAGGCCGACAAGGCCUUGCAGCAGCUCGGCCGCGUCCACCGCAGCAACCAGCGGGUGACCGAAGAGCGGGUACCCCCGCGCUUUGCCUUCGUGGUGACGGAUUUGGGUGGAGAGGUGAAGGAUGGCGCAUAUGCAGAGUUUGUUGAGUCCUGGAUCACCCGCAAGCGCCACAAUCAACUGAUGUGGUUGCCAUCUUCAAGUUCGACAUUGGGUCCAUUGAGUCCAUUGGGUGGUUUGGUUUCCUUGAUGAUUGUAGUUGGGGACUCUUAUGCAGAUGAUAUAGACAUGGGCUUCCAAUGUUGGCCCACGCAAUUGAGCAAGGCUUUGCAUGCUCCAGUGCUGAAUGUCGCCCGUGGCGGAUCUGAGUCUAGUCACAUUCACUCGCAGCUCGAACGGGCGCACCUGUGGACGAAAGAGCAGCAGCUACAGGUCAAUCUGAGCGAGGUUCUUCUUGUUCUCCACACCGGUGGCAAUGAUGCGCUACAUUCUUUGCUGAAGCCCUGGAUGUUUGUAUCGCUCAUCAGUGACUUGUAUUCCCUUCGGUCUGAGGCAGUCGAAAAGAAAUCGGUGGAGCUCAGCUUUCCCAAGAAGUUGUCAAUCGUGAUCUUAAGAGAGGUAGAUGAGUUUUUGGAGAGGGCAGCGGCUUUGGGCCAUCGGAAGGUGGUGAUCAGCACCCUCCCCAUUGUGUCGUCUCUUCCUUUGGCGCGGCUGCUAGUUCAUGUGUUGGUUCCAGGAGCUGAUCCCGGCUUUGUGACAGAGACCCUGGAAGCGGUGGGUGGCAGCAUCAAUCGGCAUCUCCAGGAGCAAUGUGUGGUUUUAGCCCAGAAGCACGGAGUAGAAGCCUGGAUUUUUCAAGAGGGUGACUCCUUGGAUAGCUUGGCAAAAGGAGCAGAGGCUGCGACACAUGGAGUCUUUUCGGCCGUGAAAUUGGCAUUGAAGCGCAUUCGUCGAAUCAUUUGGGCCCUCGCGUCGCAAGAGAGCCUUGACGGCCAUGAGUUUUGGCAUGAUGGUCAUCAUCCUGCUGCUCGGGCCCACGAACAGCUGGCAGCUGAAGUUCUAGAACUCUUGACGACGGUUCGCUUUGUCUCCACCGUGGCGCGACGCUUGCGGAUCCUGGGAGCCAUGAUGAGGGGCGACCGCAAUUCAGCACAUGGGGCCGUACAAAGCUUGGCGACCUUCGACAUCCAAAACCGCUAUGGACGGCAGGCAUUGGCACGCCUCUUUGAGCUACUUCGCAGUGGGCAGGAACCAGAGGUGGCCUUCUCUUUUCUUCAAUUCAGCGACCGAAAGAGCAAGGGCAGCAGCUGGCGAAGCUGGGCCGACUUCAAGAAGAUCGCCCUGAAGGCCUUGGACUUGAUCGGCUUGCGACCGGACACCGAAGACAAAUACGAGGAGUCUUUGGCGGAAUCGAAGAACUUGAACGUUUUCCUCAACAGGUUGCUGAUGCUGGAGCCUAGCAUUCAAAACGCCUUGUUUGAUGCCGUGGCGGAGUUGUACAUGCACUUGGUUGACCUGGACCGGGCCUCUGGGGCGUACGAUGGCGGCCCAGAAAUCCUGGAUCGGAGGCGAGGUACCAAAGCAGAAGUUCGUCUUGUUCAUCGGGAGGUCCUCUUCAAGGAUCCAGUUACAGGAGCCGAAACGGCCUAUGCCCGGCUCCAACUGGAUCGCGGCAUGAGCUGGGAGAAAGCCAACGAGGUGCUGGAGAGCCGUCAGCGCGGCCGAGCAGGCUUCUAUUGGUGCCCACGCGCUCCCAGUCCAUUGGUCCUUGCUGUUCCUCGGCCUCGCUUGCAUGGGCUUCGUGCUGGUGCAGCCUCUGAUGAUGAUGAGAGUGAUGCGGAUUUAGAUCUUCAUUGGCCCCAGGGGCCACCCGCAGAACAUGGCUGGGAGCAACACGUCUCUUCCGCCAAGCUGAGGAAAGGCGACUUUUUCCACAAAGCUGGUGCAGAUGAGCUCCCCAACGUGUCGACCAUCUGGAAGCGUUUACAUGGGUCUUCUGCAGAUCUGGCUGGAAGAUGGGAAGAUGAGCAUGUCUUGACCGGCUCCAUUUUAAGCACUUGGGCUGUUCUCGGCACAGCCAUCAGCGGAGCCAGCACUUAUUCAAGACUCAAAGUGCAAAGGAUCCCUUUAGUCAGGGCCAAGCUUCCUGAUGGUGGAGCGAUCGUUGGAGUCCGUGUCCGUCAUGAGAGGUUGCAAGAGGAAGCGGAUCAGCUGGGCGUGCGGAAGCUGAGUGCUGAGUUGGAGGCCUUCCUGAGGACUCAGCCCAACCAGAGCGCCGCCUGGAGGAACUGGGCGGGUGCGCAUCAGGUCUUAAUGGCCAAUGGGCUGAUACCUGAGGGUGCAGUGGGUAUGCAACAGGCACGGGAAGCCUUUGAGGAUCUGGAGAGGAAUGGGAAAGUAGACAUUCAACCAGAUAGUGUGCAGCUGCGAGAGAAGCCCAAAGGCAGCGGCUGGUAUAUCCCCCCCACCCAAGAAGCCUAA